AAAAAGAGGAGGCAUCCUUGAAGCACUCAUCAUAUUGGAAGUUCCAUUGAGAGCUACUACAACUUUAAUUUCCGACUGCCCAACGGAAGAGUGAAGAUGUAAUAGAACACCAUCUAGCAUGAAAAACUCAGUCCUCUAAGUGUAGAAACAUCUUAUCGAGACAUGGGACAUGUCUUAAGGCAGGAGAGAUAUUUCAAGCAACAACACCCCUCGGAUACUGCUGUUAAAGAAGAAAUUCCAUUACCGCGGACAGAUAGAAGGUCAUCAUUUCAAGACAAACAUAAGGUUGGACCUUCGUUUGGCCAGCCAUAUCUUGAUCCGAAGUAUGAAUUAAGACAGAGUGCAGGCACCGAAAAAGUGGCCCAUUCUAAAUUUUCAGAAAAUGAGCUCGUCAAGCACAUGUCGAAUUUACCAGGCUUUCUCCAGCAAGUGGAGAAGGAUAACAGCAUUCAAGAGAAGGCACUGAAUUUUGGUGUUCUUGAUUGGAAGCGUUUAGAGAAAUGGAAGUAUACUGAACGUAUGCCUGGAAAAAAUCCCAAGAAAACAUCACCAACCAGCAAUUCCGUACACACAGCAAAUGGACCACCUAAAAUAGGUCCAAACUUGAGAAAGCUGCCACCGUCACAUGGUCGUAACCCAAGUUUGUUCUACUCAGGUCAACAGCCAAUACCACAAAAUUCACGUUUUAGUUCACCUCAGAAAAGACAACCUCCUCCUCUCAGUUCAUAUCUCAAUUCAUCGAAGGAAGAAAAAUAUGUUGAGCAAAUCAAGACAGUUCCUUCUUACAAGGGGAGUUUUUCUGAGGAAACUGUGUACAACACCAAGAGGAAGGAUCGAAAGAGGGAAGUAGUGUCAGAAAAAGAAGCCUCAUCGUCAGAGCAUGGCAAGAGCAAGGUUUCUAUUCUUUCACAUAACAAAAUUAAGGCUCGUGGAGAAAAGAGUGAGAUGAGAUUCGAUGAAGGAAAAGUUACUUAUGAAAAUAUCCCUGACCCGCAAAAUAUUGUGCUCCUAGUACCCAAAGAUUUUCCAAAGGCUAGUUCUUCGGAGAGUUCUCAGUUUACAGAAUCCCGAACCUCAGUUGAUGAGCAAUUGGUAGAAGUCACUGUGAACAGAUUGUCUGAUUUCUUCUCUCCUCAAGAAUUUUACUCUGGAGAAUUCACCACCGAUAUUCCACACUCAUGUCCGCUGCCUGCUGGUUCUUUAGAGCCAAAGAACUUGGUAAAUUCUCAGGCAAAUGACUUGGAUAUUUGCCCAAAUGCUAAUAAUGCCACCUCCAUAACAUCUGAAAGCAAAUGUUCUGUGAUGCAUGAAGAAACUGCUAGGCCUUCAUCUCUUGUCGAGUCUUCUGACAGUAGAAGACCUGACAUUGCUGGACAUCCCACUGUGAAAGGAAGAGCUCCCUCUCCUACAAGGCGCUUCAGUUUUAGUCUCGGAAAGAUGAGCAGAAGUUUUAGCUUUAAGGACAGCUCAGAAGUCCCACAAUUGAGUUCGACAUAUACUGCUGUCAAAUCAGGCCCAGUUAAGCCCGAAGUGGAUAACCAUAACAGAGGGAGGUCCAGCCCGUUAAGAAGAUUGCUGGACCCACUGCUGAAGCACAAAGGACCUCAAUCUACUGAGAUUGUUAAGCCGCUUAGUAGAAGCUUGCACUCCACGACUAACGGCACCACCAAGGGCUCAACUUUGCAGGCUCUUUUGCAGCUAACUUUGAAGAAUGGACUGCCUUUCUUUAAAUUUGUGGUCGAUAAUAGCAACGAUAUGCUAGCAGCCGCUGUGAAGAGGUUGCCAGUACCUGGGAAGAGCGAUCCUUGCAUGGUUUAUGUAUUCUACUCCGUUCACGAGAUCAGGAAAAAGGGCAUGAAGUGGAUGAAUCAAGGAUCAAAGGGUAAAGAUUGCAACCUUGGUUAUAAGGUUGUUGGUCAGAUGAAGAUUUCGAACUCUUAUUACCCGAAAGGGAAUGCUAGAGAUUCUAGUGUUUGGAAUGCAAGGGAAUGUGUAAUGUACGGUGCUGAUUCCUCAGGAGGGCUAGUGGACAAGAAAACACCUGAAUUUGUACCGAACAAGGAGAUUGUUGCCAUAGUUGUAAAAAAUUCGAGCAGAAACAGUAACCAAUUUUGUGAAGAAAGGGAGUUUUCAGAGUGUGCAUCUCCUGUAAUAUUUGGCACAGAAGAAAAUAAAAGCUCUAAUGGAACUGUAGUGAUACUUCCUGGUGGUGUUCAUGGUGUACCGGUUAAAGGUGCACCUUCGUCAUUAAUUAGCCGAUGGAGCUCCGGUGGAUCGUGUGAUUGUGGAGGGUGGGAUGUGGGGUGCAAGCUUCGAAUACUUUCUGACGAUAUAAAAAGUAGCAAAAAUCUCCCAGAUAUUGAUCAUUUUAAUCUUUUCGCACAGGGUGGAGACGAGAAGAGCAAGCCCGUUUUCAGCUUGAAACCGUUUAGCAAUGAAUUGUACUCCAUUGAACUGGAUGCAUCGGUUUCUUUGCUAGAGGCAUUUGCUACAUGUGUGGCCUAUGUCACUUGUUGGAAAUUCCCUGAAAUCUUGGAUACGUUGUCUGAAGGAGAACAUUUUCAAGAAAACAUUGUCGAGACUGAUAUUAGAAGAACAACGAAGAUAAUUCCUACAAAGUACGUGACAUGCCCGCCGUUGUCUCCAGCUGGAAGGAUCUAAUUUCUAAAGACCGAAUCAUGUUGUUAGCGUUUAGAUAUUUGUUUUUCUUUUGAAUUACUGUGACCACAUCUAUAUCUCGAAGAGAGUAUGUUGCUGUCAUUAGUCCCUAUUUCGUUCUAUAAUAAAUUUUAGUUGGGUGGAAAGUGAUUAGUAAUGGCUCUGUAA